GUGACGAUAGCAGCGGAGGAGGAGAAGAGGAGAGUGAUAAGAAGAAGAAGAUGAGUGGGAUGUCGAUGUCUCAGAAGUUGACGCUAGGCUACGCCGCGCUCGUUGGAGUGGGUGGAGUUAUGGGUUACCUGAAAAGUGGUAGCCAGAAGUCUUUAGCAGCUGGAGGAGUAUCAUCUCUGCUAUUGUAUUAUGUGUACACACAGCUUCCAACAAAUCCAGGCUUUGCAUCUUCACUCGGGCUAGGCGUGUCUGCUGCACUUCUGGCAGUGAUGGGCUCCCGCUUCAAGAAAUCGGGAAAGAUAUUCCCAGCAGGUGUUGUGUCUCUUGUGUCGCUUGUGAUGGUCGGCGGUUACUUCCAUGGAAUUCUCCGUGGCAUGCACUGAUCAUUUAUUCCACUAGGAGACAUCAGGCAGGUAAUGUUUGUAGUUGAAAAAAGGGUCCUUGUAGUUAACCGAGUUUGUUUGCACUUGUUUUAAAACUUCUUGUAGUCGUUUUGUUGUCAAGAAAACAGCUUCUGUUCUGGGAUGAGUUUGUUACUGCUGAAGUGUGUGAACUAUGACCAUACAUAUCCCUGAAAACUUUUUCUUGGGAAGUUCCCUGCUCUUAUACCUAUUAAUAGGUGGAGUAAGAAUGGGUACGAGGUUGCAGUAAUAUUUUGAUUGUGCUUAGUUAAUAGUUCGUAACACCUAGGUGAA